AUGAGUCAGCGACCACUACCAAAUGAUGCUACGCCUUUGCUCAACAGGGAUUCAGCAAGACAAGAACAUGAUAAAAAAAGAGAAAUCAUAGGCUUACUUUAUAUGACUCUUUCUGCUCUUGGAUUCUCUACCAUGUCAUUGUUUGUCAAAUUGAGUGGAACAAGUUUUCCUUCAUUUGAGAUUGUGUUUGCUAGAGCAGUCAUUCAAACCUUAUUCGGUAUACUAGGUUGUGCUUUACUCAAAGUGAAUCCUUUGGGUAAAGCGAGUGUUCGUCGUUGGUUAUUACUGCGUGGAUUAGCAGGCACUAUUGGUCUUUGCCUGUUUUUCUAUAGUAUCACUCAAUUACCCUUGGCUGAUGCAACGGUUGUGUUCUUUUUAGGUCCUGCAUUCACUGCUAUUUUAGCUUCUGUGGUAUUAGGUGAAGCAUUCAGUGUGUUUGAUGGUCUAUGUUCAAUUGCCUGUAUGGUGGGUGUUGUCCUUGUCUCCAAACCUCAGUUUUUAUUUGGUGGUGAACAAGACCAUGCUAUUCCUGAAUGGAGACGACUGUUUGCAGUCUUUUGUGCUUUGUUAGGUGCUGUGAUGUCUGCUGUUGCUUAUGUCACUGUACGUAAGAUUGGUAGAGGUGCUCAUUUUUUGGUCCAUGUUGUCUAUUUUGGUUUAGUGAGUGGUAUAGUAAGUCCUGUAGGUAUGUUUCUGUUUCAAACCCCUAAGAUGCCUCAAGGUUGGUAUGAAUAUGCCAUUCUAUUGCUGGUUGGACUUACUGCCUUUGUUGGUCAAUGCUUUUUAAACCAAGGAUUACAAAUGGCUCCUGCUGGCCCAGGUACAUUGAUGCGUAUGAAUGAUGUCGUGUUUGCCUUCUUGUUUGGUAUCUUUAUUUUACAUGAAUAUCCUGAUGCUUAUAGUAUCUCUGGUGCAGCCAUCAUUGUCUGUAUGACAUCUGCUAUGGGUAUUCAUAAAAUCUAUUCACAUUCAAACAAAUAA